UGACCUCACGAAUGAAUUUCCAAAUCUGGUGGAGAGAAUGCAUGAGGCCACGUGGAUACAUGAGUUCCAUGUAACAGAUCAAAAGCACAAACUGUUAUGCCUCCAUUACUGAAUUACUGAUACAGCAGAACAAGAAAGAGAGUAAGAAGUAAAGAAAAUCAUAUCAUCAAUGGCUUCUCUUGCAACCUUAGCUGCUGUUCAACCAGCUGCGAUCAAUGGCCUUGCUGGAAGCUCCCUCACUGGAACCAAGCUCUCUUUCAAGCCCUCUCGCCAGAGUCUCAAAUCCAAGAACUUCAGGAAUGGUGCUGUGGUAGCAAAGUAUGGUGACAAGAGUGUGUACUUUGAUUUGGAGGAUUUGGGUAACACCACAGGGCAGUGGGACUUGUAUGGCUCAGAUGCACCUUCACCCUACAAUUCUCUUCAGAGCAAGUUCUUUGAGACAUUUGCUGCUCCAUUCACAAAGAGAGGAUUGCUUCUCAAGUUUCUGAUAUUAGGGGGUGGAUCCACCUUGGCAUACUUCAGUGCAACAGCCUCAGGUGAUAUUCUACCAAUCAAGAAGGGUCCACAACUCCCACCAAAGCUUGGCCCUCGUGGCAAGAUCUAAUUUCAUUUGUAUCAGAACUCAAUCUGUUGAGUUCCUUUGUAAUUUUUUUUUUCUGGUUUGCAUGAUGUGUAAGUAUGCUUACAGACCACUAUUCAAAGAUGCUUCUUUCAGGUCUCAUUGAGUGGCAUUACUUUGGUUUUCAAUUGAAGCAAAGACCUAUAAAUGUUUACCUUAUUACCUCUUCAA